AAAGGGGCUGUGCGGGCGCCGCCCCGCCCGAGGGAGGGCCCGAGGGGGCAAGGCCGCCGUGCCCGCCCCGCGGUGGCCUCCCCGCGCGCGCCGGCCGGACGGGGGCUUCCUGCUGGGCCCCCUUGGCAGGGAAGGCGGACCCCCACUUCUAACGUGAUGGGCAGGAAGGAGACUUUCGGCCAGUCCCUCUCACGCCGGCUUCUGGCCUGAGCCACCGACCGUGACCCGGAAGGAGUGCAGCCAGCAAGGAGCCAGGUGCAGAGCCCUCACUGGGGACCUGGGGCCAGGAAGCCCCUGGCUGGUCCCCCACAGAGCUCAGCUUUGAGGAUGGAGUCAGGAGAGGGGUCCUCAACAGCCCCGACCCCCACUGCUGCCCUGGCGGAGCCGAACAUCGGGCCUGACUGCUCUUCCCCGGGGCUGCCAAGGGCAGCCCCAGGGAAGUUCCAAGCACUGCCCCUUGGGCCCAGAGCCCCCCGCAAGGACCCUGACCCCGGGAGUCCCGGCAGCCCGACCGCAGGGGACAGGCCCCCGGAUGCAGGCCCCGCGGGGGACCCCAGUGGUGGCGCUAAGAUCCCUAAUCGCGACAGUGGGAUCGACAGUCCAUCCUGCAGCGUGGCCGGCGAGCACUUUCCCUGUGAGGAGGGUGGUGAGGCUGGCCUGGGCCCCGUGGUCCCGGGGCUACACCCAGAGGCAGCCCCAGGAGGUGGGGCCCUGCGGGAGGAGGCCGACAGCGAUGAUGUGGGCGAAGGUAGCGGUGAGGAGCCAGACACCGAGAACAGCCCGCCGGGGGCCCGUGCGGACACAGCCAAGUGCUCUGAGCCCCAGAAGCUGCUCCACAUCGCCCAGGAGCUCCUGCACACAGAGAAAACCUAUGUGAGGCGGCUGCACCUACUGGACCAGGUUUUCUGCACCCAGCUGGCGGAAGCAGGCAUCCCCCCGGAAGUCACCACAGGCAUCUUCUCCAACAUCUCCUCGAUCUAUCGUUUCCACGGGCAGUUCCUCCUGCCGGAACUGCAGACACGGAUCACGGAGGAGUGGGACACAAACCCCCGGCUUGGAGACAUCCUGCAGAAGCUGGCCCCGUUCCUCAAGAUGUACGGCGAGUACGUCAAGAACUUCGACCGCGCUGUGGAGCUGGUGAGCACCUGGACCCAGCGCUCACCGCUGUUCAAAGAGAUCAUCCAAGGCAUACAGAAGCAGGAGGUGUGCGGGAACCUGACUUUGCAGCACCAUAUGCUGGAGCCCGUGCAGAGGGUCCCCCGCUACGAGCUGCUGCUCAAGGACUAUCUGAAGAGGCUCCCCGGAGACGCCCCUGACCGGAAGGAUGCAGAAAGGUCCCUGGAGCUCAUCUCCACUGCCGCCAACCACUCCAACGCCGCCAUCCGGAAAAUGGAGAAAAUGCACAAGCUGUUGGAGGUGUAUGAGCGACUUGGUGGCGAGGAGGACAUCGUCAACCCCGCCAACGAGCUCAUCAAGGAGGGCCACAUCCUAAAGCUGUCUGCCAAGAACGGCACUGCCCAGGACCGCCACCUCUUCCUGUUCAACAGCAUGAUCCUUUACUGUGUGCCCAAGCUGCGGCUCAUGGGCCAGAAGUUCAGUGUCCGGGAGAAAAUGGACAUUUCGGACCUCCAGGUGCAGGAUAUCGUCAAGCCAAACGUACCCCACACUUUCGUCAUAAUGGGAAGGAAGCGGUCCCUGGAGCUGCAGACUCGGACGGAAGAAGAGAAAAAAGAAUGGAUUCAGGUCAUUGAGGCCACCAUUGAGAGGCACAGGCAGAACAGCCAGACCUUCAAGGCCUUCAGCGGCUCCUUCGGCCAGGAUGAGGACCCCUCUCUCGCCCCAGAGUCCCCUGUGGUGAAUGCCAGCUCUGAGGACCCUGCUGUGGCAGCCGGCGGUGGAGGGGGUACCACGGGGCCCGAGCCGAGGAGAGGGUCUGCUAAGACCAGGCGCGACAAGGAGAAGCAGGGCUGCAGGAGCUGCGGCGAGACCUUCAACUCCAUCACCAAGAGGAAGCACCGGUGCAAGCUGUGCGGGGCGGUCAUCUGUGGGAAGUGCUCCGAGUUCAAGGCUGAGAAUGGCAGGCAGAGCCGAGUCUGCCGAGAGUGUUUCCUGACCCAGCAGGUAGCACCUGAGACCCCCAGCCCUGAGGCGGUGCCCGAGGACCCCAAGCACAGCACAGAGAAGGCGGCGGCUGUGGACGCCCAGCCCAGCCUGCUGUGUGGUCACCUGCGGGUGUCAGACAGCGGUGACGCUUGGAGCGAGGUGUGGGCUACCAUCCCCACGUCGGAGCCCCUGGAGCUGGUGCUGCACCUGCAGGGAGGCAGCCAGGCUGGCCGGCUGCCACGCACCAUCCCCCUCUCGGGCUGCACAGUGAGCGUGCCGGACCCCAUGGAGACUCUGGACACCGGGCAUGUGUGGCGGCUACAGCAGGCCCAGCAGGCCCUGUACCUGAGCACCCCGUCGGCAGAGCAGCAGCAGCGGUGGCUGGAGGCCCUGAGCGCAGCUGCCCGUGGAGACCCGGCUCGGGCCUUCCCAGGGGCCCCGUGAGCUGAGCCUCCGCCAGGUGUCCCCGCUCCGCAGCCACCACGGUGGGGCCUGUUGUCACCUGGGAGGUGGCGUCGGAGGCCGCGUGCAGGUGCAAAGGGCUCGGACCGCUGGGGGUGGACAGGUCACAGGGCGCUUGACCCUGAAGGGACCUCUCAGAAGUGGAGGAAACAGGCCCAGAGGGGGCAGCUGCCCACCCAGCAUGUCUCCGCAAAGAGCCUGGUUCUGCCCUCGGCCCAGCUGUGUGGCCUGGAGUGAGGAUGCUGGCAGACUGUCUGGUGUGGGGCGCCAGCUCUGGAAGGCAGAAGGAGAGACUUGGGGGUACCCGGGGCCUGGUGGAGGUCUGUAGUCCUGCCUUCCCUCCCUGCUGCCCCACCCCUGCCCCAUCCACACCGUCUGUACCCGUGAGCUGAACUGUGACCGGUGGUGGACUCCACCCCUCCUCCACCCUGUCCGGGCCCCGAGGCCCACCUCCCCAUUCGGACUGGCUGGUGGUCAGCCUGGGCCAUCCCUGCAGGACCUCCCUGAGAAAGUCAGCGGAGGCCAGCAGAGGCCUGAGUUGUGUGUGCGGCCAGCAGCAGGACCUGCUUGUCUGCAGAAAUAAAUGCUGGCAGCCA